GUUUAUGAUAUCAGAUAAAACUCAAGAUCCGCUUGCGAUGCCUAGUCACGUGUUCAAUGGAUUUUUAUUGUCACUCUCCUCAUUAACAUUGAGAAUAUUCGCCGGAUGUCUAAUGUUCACAUUGUCCUUUUACAAUGUAUGAUUCCCGAAUUUUCAGUCACUGUUUUAUUGCUCUCAUUCCACAUUUAUACAUUCGCUUCGAUUAGCAUAUACCCAUGACUUUAAGGUUAAUCAUUUUCUGUGCAUCCACAACAUCAAGUGGUCUCUUAGUUUGUGACGGCUAAUUGAAGUGGAAUACCUCUAGUGAUUGUCUUUCGGAUUUUGAAUAAUGUCGAAGCUCAAAGGGUUGGAGUUAAUUAAAGUUCUAGUCGAAAGAUCGCUCAAAGCUAAAUCGUUUGAUGUUACGUCUGUCGGAGGGAUGAAAUUUUUGUCUGCUGGGGAUGGCCACUGCAAAGCAGAAUUCACAGUCAGUGAGGAUCAGCUAAAUUCGGCUGGAACGUUACAUGGAGGAUGCUCAGCAACGAUAAUCGACUGUAUAUCGACCUAUGCUCUGAUGACAAAGGCAGGAUCACCCGGAGUCUCUGUUGACCUGAACGUCUCAUUCCUAAGAGCCGCUCUCCCAGGGGAAGUUAUCUUAGUAGACGCCAAAACAAUUAAAGCUGGAAAAACUCUGGCUUUCCUCGAGGUAGAAAUGCUAAAGAAAGAGGGUGGAGCAAUUGUAGCUCGUGGGCAGCAUACAAAAUUCAUAGGCUCAUGAACUUCAAUUGUUCCUGAAAUAAUAUGUACAUUGAGAAUGUACAUGUGUAGAAUGCAAUGUAAAAAUAGAGUUCAAAUUAUAGAAACGUCGAAUAACGAUUAAAUUAUUAAUUAUUAAUUGAAUCUACUUCAACAUAAUUCCAAGCCGGAUUACUUGAGGGUUUUGGUCUCGUUGUCUCGUCUCUGAAGGUGGAAGUCCGGUCCUAAAAGGAAUUUUGAUGGUAAUGAUUUACCGACAGGCACAUUUACCAUUGUAGUUCAUGCGCCACCGCUACGAAAUUUUACUGCUGUAGCCGCUCCAUAAACGUUAGCAAUCUUUUCGAUAACAUUUGAUAUGAGCGAUAAAUUCAAUAAAUUUUGUUCUUUA